CACACACACCUACACAUUCAUACACACACACAGACACACACUCACCAAACAGGAAGACAAUACCUGUUUGGUGUGAGUUGGCUGUGAACUAUCAGAGUUAUCUCGGAAGAAGAGAAACAAGGAUUUCAAUGAUACUAGCAUUAGAGCUAUUGGCAGCACAGUGAAGUCCACGUUUGGCAGAGACAUACCUGGAUUACAAAAGUGAAAAAUAAAACCCACUCCGGACCAGAUCAUCAAGAAACAGAAAACAAAGUUUAUGGUGGUCCACCUGCCACCUGUGUGAUCAAGCUCUUGACCUGACAUGAUGCUUUUUUACUGACUCCUGCAAGCCUGCGGCUAUCAACAAUGUUCACCCCCAGGAAAAACAGUCUCCCGUCCCCCAGCCUGGAGGACUCCUUCUUCCCUCUCUCCUCAUCCUCCUCAGUCUCACUCUCCUUUGCUCUCCCCUCAUCCACAUCCUCUCCUGGCAGUGACAGCGGAGGAGGGAUCGAGACGGAUCUGAUACUAGCUGCAGAGCUGGGACAGGCUUUACUGGAGAAGAAUGAGGAGCUGGCAGCCUCUCUGGAGCAGAGAGAGAGGGAGCUGGAGGCUUUACAGCAGGAGAAGCAUGUCCUGCACAGGAAGUUGGAGAUGAAUGAACUGGAUUCUGGGCAAAGAGAGGCAGAGCUGACUGCAGAUUUAACUGCUUUGAGGGCUGAGCUGAAGCGGUAUCACAGCCAGGGGCGCGACCAGCGGAGAGAUGACAGUGAACAGCUGACUCAAUUAGCCAACCACAACCAACGCUUGGUGGAGCAGCUAGCAGAGGCUAUAACACUGGAACACUCCCUGAGGACCGAGCUUCGUUCCUUCAGAGAAGAGAGGGAAGAAUCAUCUUUCAGCCGAAAUAUCAACUUUACACAAUUGGAGAACAUUCAAGGAGAGAACAGAGUGUUGCUGGAGCGGCUGUCGUACAUGGAGGCACAACUAAAAGCUUCACAGGAGGACAGUGAUAGACUCCGCCUGGAGAGAGAUAGACUGACAGACAGACUGUCAGAGCUACAAACGACACUGAGAGAGAAAGAAGCAGAGAUAGAGCAGGAGCAGGGAGUGGUGUUUGAGUUGCGAACCGUGAAUCGCUCUCUACAGCAAAAAGGUCUGAACCUGGGAGAAGAGAGCAUUCUGGACAGUACACAAACGCAACCUUUGUCUCUGCAUAGUGAAAUUCAGCAAUCACAGGUAAAAGAGGCUCUUCUAGCUCACUCCACAGUCCUGCAAGUAAGAGAUGAAAAGAUACAAGCGCUCACAGAGGAGCUGCAAUCUCAAAAAGAAGAGCUGGAGUCUUUGUGGCAGGAAAUCAAGCCAUUUAGAAGCAGUCCUGAAAAUCCAAGCUACAGUUCCUUGGAGAGUGAAUUGGCCACUGUGCUUCAGGAGAAAGAAUCACUUACUCAGCAGCUUCUCAACACGAUCAAACACAAAGUGGCGCUGUCGCAAGAGCUGGAGGUCUGGCAGGUGAGUCCGAGUGCAGGGAUGGAUAAUUCUAAAUGGUGUCUCUGCCAACACGUUUUACAAGCGGAAUAUUGUUUUUCUAUCAUCUUGUUGCAGGAGGACAUGCGGCUAGUGAUCAAUGAUCAGGUGCGGCAAAAGGAGGAGGACAGACAGAGGGAAAGAGCCAGAGAAAGGCAGACAGAAAGAGCAGGAGGACUCCAAAGAAGCAAGUCUUUGAGAAUGAAGGGAGAAGGAGGGAAAGGAUUCUUCUCCUUUUUCAAAGACAAAUGACAGAGAGAAGUGGCAGCAGUUCAAUCGGACAGAGUAUCAGCCGUUAUCUUUGCCACCGCGAGCGUCUGCAGCAAGAUAAUGUAGACUGUAAUGUGUUAUUAACAUCACCAAGUGAAAAGUUUACAGACCUCAUAUUUUAUUAUGUUUGUAUAUAUGUAUGUACAGUGCAUCUGUUAUUUCAGAAUUCAGGAUUUUGUAUUAAAAUUGUAUAAACCAAUAAGUCUCUAUUGAGUGUUUUAUAUUCUGAUGUUGUUUGUCACCACAGCAUCUUACGGCUGCAUUUUUUUAUAUUUUCUUGGUCUCUCUGAAUGUGAGUUCAGUCAGAACAUGAAGACAAAGAGGCGGUGCAUUCACCUGCAUACAAAGUUAAUGGAAAGACACGAUCAGACGCAAAAAUGAAUUCUGGGGCUUAAUGAAUCUGCUUUUUAAACAUGGAAG